CCCUAUGCCUUUAUCUCACGUCAAGAAAAUGGCUUCUACCUUUGUUUCUCUGCGUUUUACCCUCUUUUUCACUGCCACAUGUCUUAUCUCGUGCAUCUUCACCGAAGCUACACCUCACUACAACCACCACCCAAAGUUCAUUUUAACCCUGGUCAACAACUGCCCUUUCACGGUCUGGCCUGCAAUCCAGCCUAACGCCGGCCACCCCGUCCUCGAGCGCGGCGGCUUCGCGCUCAACACCCUGACCCACCGCUCCUUUCCCGCCCCAGCCCAGCAUUGGUCUGGCCGGAUCUGGGCCCGUACUGGCUGUAGCUACAACCACGGCCGCUUCUCGUGCGCCACCGGCGACUGCGGCGGUCGGCUCGAGUGCAAUGGCCUAGGCGGCUCCUCGCCGGCCACGCUAGCUCAGUUCACCCUCCACCACGGCCACAACGACCUCUCCUCCUACGCCGUCAGCCUCGUUGACGGCUUUAACGUCCCCAUGACGGUGACCCCUCACGAGGGCAAGGGCCUGUGCCCCGUGGUCGGUUGUCGCGCCAACCUUCUCGCCACGUGUCCCGACAGGUUGCAGCUCCGUUCGCCACCGGGUCACGGUCCGGUCGUAGCAUGUAAGAGUGGGUGCGAGGCGUUUGGGACGGACGAACUUUGCUGUAGGAACCACUACAACAGCCCGCAGACCUGCCGAGCAUCGAGCUUCUCUGAUUUCUUCAAGCACGCAUGUCCCGCCACGUUCACGUACGCACAUGAUAGCCCAUCUCUCACGCACGAGUGCUCUUCGCCACGCGAGCUAAAGAUCAUCUUCUGCCACUAGGCACCUAGAUUAUGCUACCAAUGCGUUGUCUUGCUGGGAAAAAUAAGUUAAGUUUGGUUUCUUAUUCUGUGUCAUAUGCUGUAUGUGGCGUCCAUGGCCGCUUAGCUUUAAGACUGGAAUGAAAAUAUUGAACUCUCUCGUGUCUGUUUAA